AUGCCCGACGAACUAGAGGAACGGCUCCGAAGUCAUGCUGACGCCUUCAAUUCCUUACUUUCUCUGAUACCAGCCAAACUCUACUACGGCGAAGACGUUAGUGACCAAUGGCAACGUAAGAAACAAACCCCAGAGCAAAAGCGAGCAGCAAGGAUGGCGAAAUUAGAUCCAGACAAUGCGAAGAGUGCAAAAGAUGUUAUGGACGAACGAGCCGCUGCUGCGUCGAAAAGAAAACGAGAAGAGGAAGGCGAAAAUGACGACGACGGGCCAACAGAAAAGCAGAGAGAAGGCCUUAAGCUACAUGAUCAACAACAGAAAAGGAGAAAAACCAGCAAGGAACAGUCAAACGCCGAGCAUGGAGCUGAUAACAAAGAGAAUGGAACGUCAGUCGAGGAUCAAAAACGGCGGAAGGCGGAGAAGAAAGCUGCAAAGAAGCAGAGAAGCCAGGCCAGAAAGCUGAAGGCACAGCAGAAGGCGGAAAGAAAGAAGGCACAAAAAGAGGCGGCCUUAUCUAACGAACCGGACGGUGGGAUUAAUGGUGGACUUGAUGAGAUGGGGGAUGGAGAGGAGGAUCUGGAAUUGGUUGAUGCUGUUGACAUUGCCGAGAAGAAUAUAAAUACUACAGGUGACCGACAGUCGACAGCUUCUCCAUCUCCCGAAAUCACAUCGCCGAUGCAGUCUCCACAUCUUCAUUCUGGGACCUCGUCCAUCUCUUCCAUUUUACCUCCAUCAGACCACCCGAUAACACCAAAGUCUACCACAAUCAAUCUCGCUCAACCAAUUCCACCACCCGUCGACCCAUCUGCACUUACCCCGAAGCAACGUCUCGAAGCCCGGAUAAGUGCUCUCCGCGCCGAGCGCAAAGCAGAUGGUCCAGAUGGACGUCCACCUCGUAACCGACAAGAACUCCUCGAGUCUCGUCGACGCAAGGAUGAGGAGCGUCGAGCUCAUAAAAAGGAGCUCCGGCGGAAAGCCAAGGAAGAGGAGAUACGAAAACAAGAAGAAGAGAUUGCUAAACGAUUUUCUCCUGGUGGAUCUGGCUCGCUGAUCGCAUCUCCUCGCUCACCCAUGGAGCCAGGCAACAACUUUAGCUUCGGUCGGGUGGCCUUCGGCGAUGGAACACAGGCCGACUCGAGUCUAUCCUCCCUACUGGGCCCACCAAAGAAGAAAGGACCAUCAGAUGCCAACACCGCGCUCCAAGCAGCCCAAAACAAAGCAUCCCGCUUAUCCGGCUUAGACGAAGCCAAACGAGCCGACAUACAGCAAAAAGACAUAUGGUUGAACGCGAAGAAGAAAGCCCAUGGCGAGCGAGUCAGAGAUGACACGAGCCUACUGAAAAAAGCACUAAAGAGACAAGAAGGAGAGAAGAAGAAGAGUGAGAAGGAGUGGCAAGGCAGGAUAGAGGGUGUAGCGAAGAGUCAGGAGAUGAAGCAGAGGAGGAGAGAACAGAAUCUCUCGAAGAGGAGGGAGGAGAAGGGCGGCGGUGGAAAGAACAAGAAGAAAGGAAGUGGUGGUGGAGCUGGGAAGAAACCGAAAGUCAAGAGACCGGGGUUUGAAGGCAGUUUUAAGACGAAGCCAGGUAAAGGGAAGAAGUCAGCAUGA